UUUUACCUAUAUUUAUAGAUUUAAAUAAUUUAAUUGGUCAGCACCAUCUAUUGGCAAUUUCCGCCCAAAACCCUCUCCUUGCUGUAGUCCUCCGCCUAGGCUACCGUUUCAUUGGGGGCAAAGAUUAUAAAUAGGCUGGGAAUCGUGGGCUUCGUCCUCAGAUCCUCCUGAGCUCUUUCUGUGACUUUCCCUUAUGCUUUUCUAGCCUGUACUCGCAAUUCUGAACUCUUAACUUUUCUACCCCUACCCCUCUCUACCUUACUCUACCCCUACCCCUCUCUACCUUACUCGACCCCUACGUGUUUUAUACGUUUGUUUUUGAGUUUUGAAAUAUACAAAUAAUUUUAACAUGUAUUCUAUGAUUCCUCAGGAAAUUUUCUGUUUAUAAGAUAUUUCACCACGGAAUAAGGAAAAAGAAUAAUUUAAAGAAAUGACUAAAAGAUAAAGUAAAAUACAAAAAGUGAAGGUGAAAUAAGUUACGAAAAUAAAUAAUUCAUUAAAAUUGGAACAUUAGAAGAUCCAGAGUAUAAAUCUAAAGGGCUAUAAUAGAAGGUUGCGGACGUUUGUAGGCAGUUUCUCAGAGGGGGAUAUGUGUUGCGAGGGUGUUUCUUGGCCGAUCAACUGCCCAUUAGACAAGAUCGUACAAGAUAUAAUGAAUUUUUUGUGGUUAACAUACUUGCGUCUCGGCACAGACCAACAUUAAUGGGUCAUUAUGUAUUAGUUGUUGGGAAAUGUUGCAUUGCCUACUUUUGAUUCCUACUGAAUCAAACCUCAUAUUUAUUCUCCAUGGUUGCAAAGAUUUAUCAACUAGUAUUAUGUUUCCUUGAUAUUAGCAGACAUUUGCAAAGCAUUGAUAGUUUAACAUGUGGUGCCUAUGCGAUAUUUACCAUGUACCAUAUUAAUUUGCACGGAAUAGAAUAUAUUAAUUUUCUGUCCUGUUAUUUUUCACAGGAUGAUUUUAGAUAUAAUAGAAAACUAAAAAGGAAUGCGAGCAAAUGUUUUGCAGAUAAUGAAGUCCAGACCUCACCCCUUCACCCCUCCCCCUCGUGUUUUUUCGAGGCUGGGAUUGGUGGGAUCUGCUGGUUCUCAGAUCUUGUAUAAAAGGCGGUCGAUUCUGAAGGGUGAUAGUGUUUUUCUUAAGCAUACCAAGAUGAACUCAACCUUUAUGAAGAAUACCUCACUGCCAGGUGUUGCUGCUGGAAGUACUAUAGCAAUUUUUCAUUGGGAUGGAUCUAUUAACUUAUUCACCUUUUACAAAGCUUAUGAGGAUGGUGCCGAUGCGUGUUAUUGUUUUACAUAAACAGUGUGCGGUCUCAAUCAGCAUUAUCCCCGAGAAAAAGAAGGGUGCUCGGAUCGUUAUUCUCUCCCGUUGAAACCAGCACCUCCGGGAUGGCAGCGGAGAGAGCUGGCACUUUCGUGGAACC